AGACAGAUCCUCUGCCUGCACACGCUGUUCAGCUGAAUGGUACCAACACCAUCUUUGGCUUCUCACGUCUUCACAUUUCACACUGCACUGAACUCCUUCCUGCUCCUCUCUCUUUCCUUCUUUCCUUCUUUCCACUCCCCUUUCUCUCUCCUUUUUCUCCCCCCUUUCUAAUCCUCCCGAGCCCUUCCUUCAGUCCUUUCUUCUAUCCCCCCCAUCCUAACUGUCCACCCCACAGCAGUCUGUGCAAAUACCAAUACUGAAGCACAAGGUUUCCACGCCUGCAGAGGGAGAACGACUGAACCAUUUCUCAGAGCACAAAGCAGCACCAGAACCCACAGCACACCAGAGGAGAAGGAUCCCAACAAGCUCCCAGAAGAGGAUGUACAGAUAUUGCUGCUGGAGUCCAAUACUUCCACACCCGCUAUGGGAGAAGGAGACCAACAGGAAACAUUUUCAGAGCACCAAGCAGCACCAGAGCCCCUUGGGCAGAGUGGAGGACACCAAUGGGGUUCCUGGUGCCAUGGGAUGGGAAGAAGGAGAUCCUGUGUGCAGCUCAUUGCCGUGCAUGCAGCGCUGGGAGCACUCAUCCUCAUGCUGGUGGUGCUGGUGAUAUCGACCGUGUGUCGGCGGGCCCCCAUCCCACCUUUCUCAGCCUUUGGCCACGCAUGCCCCAACGCCUGGGUCGGAUUCCAGGGGAAAUGCUAUUAUUUUUCGAAGGAGGAGAAUGAUUGGAACAGCAGCAGGGAGCACUGCAGUGCCCACGGAGCUUCCCUGGCCACCAUAGGCAGUGCGGAGGAGAUGGAUUUCAUGAUGCGCUUCCAGGGCCCGGCAAACUGUUGGAUCGGGCUGCACAGGGAAGAAGAGGACGCCCAGUGGACAUGGAGCGAUGGCACAGCCUUCACCAACUGGUUCGAGCUGCGAGGUGGAGGCCGAUGUGCGUACCUGAACGGGGACAGGAUCAGCUCAUCCCUGUGCCACCUACACAAGCACUGGGUCUGCAGCAGAGCUGACCACUACGUCCUCUGGAAGCAAAAGGUGCACCCACAAUGAGAGAUCCCAUCACCACCAACCUUGUGCCAGUGCUGCUGUUGUAUUACAGUGUAUUAUCUUGCAGCCCGA